CUUUGUAAUAAAUCCUUGAUCUCCCACCUUCUGUUCAAAACGUUUGUCAUUUGAGCCUGGCCUCGUGUUAGCAAACUCCAAAUUGAUGGCAGGAGGUAGUUCUGCUGCAGCAGGUGACGAAGCAAAGGUGGUAACCAUCUUGAGCAUCGACGGCGGCGGCGUGAGAGGGAUCAUCCCGGCCAUCGUCCUUGCCUUCCUUGAAAAGGAGCUCCAGAAACUGGACGGGCCGGAUGCUAGGAUCGCGGACUACUUCGAUGUCGUCGCCGGCACGAGCACGGGUGGCCUCUUGACGGUGAUGCUUGCGGCACCGGACAAGGAUGGGCGGCCGCUGUUCGACGCCAAGGAUCUAGCGCAGUUCUACAUCGACGAGUCGCCCAAGAUCUUCCCACAGAACUGCAGGGGCUCCAUCUUCUCCAAGAUCGGCUCGGCUCUGGCUCUGGCGACAGGGCCCAAGUACGACGGCAAGUACCUCCAUUCGCUGCUCCAUCGGCACCUCGGUGACACCAAGCUGGACGGGGCUCUGACCCAUGUGGUCAUCCCGGCAUUCGAUAUCGCGUACCUGCAACCCACCAUCUUCUCCAGCUUCCAGUUGGAGAACCAGCCCGCCAAGAACGCGCUCCUGUCGGACAUCGCCAUCGGCACCUCCGCCGCACCUACCUUCUUCCCGGCGCACUACUUCGAGACCAACGAUGGCAAGGGCGGCACGAGGGCCUUCAACCUCAUCGACGGCGCCGUGGCCGCCAACAACCCUACUCUAUUAGCGAUGAACCAGGUGGCGGAGCACAUGGUCCUCGCCGGGCAGCAGCCGGCGGGAAAGUCAUACAUAGUCAUCUCCAUCGGCUGUGGGACAUCAUCGCUCCCAAAACUCAAGUACAGCGCCAAGGAUGCCGCCAAGUGGGGCAUCUUGAGCUGGCUCAUCAAGGACGGCUCCGUACCCAUCCUCGACAUGUUCAACGCCGGCAGCGCCGACAUGGUCGACUUCCACCUCUCCGUCCUCUCCGCCGUCCUCGGCACCUCCCACCAAUACCUGCGCAUCCAGUAUGAUAAACUGAGCGGGAGUGCGGGUUCGAUCGACGACUCCUCCAAAGCCAACUUGGAUAGGUUGGUGAAGAUUGGUGAAGAGCUGCUCAGCGAGAAGGUGUCCGGGGUGGACCUGGAGACCGGCCGGAAUGUGGAGGUGCCCGGCGGGGGCACCAACGCGGAGGAGCUAGCUAAGUAUGCAAAGCAGCUCUCCGACGAGCGGCGCAGACGCCGCAACAAUUAAUAUGUGCCUGCUCGAACCAAACUAGCAAUUGCAUGCUAGUUAAUGUGUGUGUUUAAGUUCACUUUUACGUUUAGUUUGGGAGUUCAAUCUGUUUGAUUUAUGUCGUUCGUAAAUUCUAUGGUGCUGUUGUAAUAGUCCUGUGCAAAAAUCAUUGGCACAAAUAAUAUUAUGAUAUUAAUAUGUGGUUUAUGUGA